AUGGCGACGGAAAGUGAUAUGAAUGGGUGACUUCAUUUUGUCGUCUAAACUCACCUAUGGAUACAUGACUAUAGAUCUGUAAUACCGCUUAAAACCUCACUGAUAUAUCCAUGAAAGUAAAAGUACCGUUAGGAAUCAAGCUGGGCCAAAAUUUUGGGCAGAAGCGAGACGUUUUGUUUGGRGGUUUAUCGACAACGGAGAGGAGACCGAACAGCGAAGAAGGCAAAGACAUUAAACAGCAUUGUUGGAGAUUCUGCUGUCAGAAUUGUCUAUAUUUAGGGUACAGAUAACGUCUAUUUUAUUAUUUAGACCUUUAUUAUCGUCAAACAAAUAAUUUAGAAAUGCCAAAGAACGAGCAAAACCUCAAAUGGCCGUGCGAGUAUUGUACAUAUGAAAACUGGCCUUCGGCCAUAAAGUGUGCUCUAUGUUUAGCCAGACGACCUGCGCAUGUAAUUUGUCCUCAACCGCAUAGAACGGCAGGGAUUUCCCAGGAUAUCUACCAAGCUGCUGAUAACGAACGGGCUAACGCCAGGAACUACAGAACGCCAAAUAACGGUGACAGACCAUCACCUAGAUAUCGACCUUGUGAUCAGGAAGCUGCUAAGUGGAAGUGUACCACAUGUACGUUUGAUAACUGGCCUAGUUCGCUACAGUGUGUAAUGUGUCAUACUUCUAAAAGCAAAAGCGUCAGGAACGCUCUUCACACUGAAGAUUCAAGUACAAAGGAUGAAAGAACUCGUUCUGUUUCGCCGAAAACAAGCCGCGCUAAAGUCGAUAUGAAAGCCAUUAACAACGACAAAAACAAAGCUCAGUUGAAAGCAUUACAAAAAUGGGAAUGCCCUCAUUGUACAUAUCAAAACUGGCCUAAAACUGUCAAAUGUGUCAUCUGUGCUAGCACAAAACCAUCUAUAGAAGAAAAUAGUGUUUGUAAAAGUAAAAAUACWGARAGCAGAAAACCCUCUGGGUCAAGACGACGGUCUCCUAUUUCGUCUGUAAGUGACCUGACCUUACAGUCCACAAACAAAGAUGUGGGUAACAUUAUAUACGACAUCCCUGCAUCAGAUGAUGUAAAUGACAAUGAAGAGGUACUUCAGAUMCGYAACCGUCUUAAUGAUAAUGACUGGAUGUGGUUAAGUGCUUGUAUAGGAAUAGUUGAAGGGGAUGCAACAUCUGUKGARACAUACCUCAAUUCAGGCAAUGACCGGACUAGACAAUUAACAAGAGAGGAAUGCCUUGUAUUGAACAGACCAGAGGCCUUUGAAGUAGGCUAUACACUAGUUCAUUUAGCUAUCAAAUUCAAAAGGGAAGACCUCUUGGCUUAUUUACUAGUUCCUGAAGUUAGCAACCAUAGGCUUCAUUGUGUCCCUUGUCUUGUUUGCCCAGAAUUGGCAACAGACAUCAGGAAAGACAUAGCCCAUACAAUGAGGCAAAGGAAGGGGGAUUGGCCUUGUUAUUUUUUUACUGAUCAAGUGACAUUUGUAUUGCCUGCAGAAAUCCAAGAGUUUCCUGCUCGAGUUAGAAGGCAGUUAUUUGAAGAUCUUUUGGACAAGGAAGUACAAAAAGUUCUUGAAGUAGAGUCUCCAAUCAUCAACUGGAGUGAGGAAAUUUCAUCUCACCUUGGUAGCAGGAUCUAUCCAUUGUGGAACCGUUCAGCUGGGGACUGCCUACUAGACUCAAUACUGCAGGCCUCGUAUGGUGUAUUUGACAAGGAUAACACAUUACGUAAGGCUCUGUUUGACAGCCUCAGUGAAGGAGCAUCUAGGUUCUUUCCGCGGUACAAGGAGUGGGAGUCAAUGCAGGCUGAGACUCUUCAGUAUUCACUGGACGAGGAUCAAUGGGAGCAGGACUGGGCAUCGAUUCUCAGCUUAGCAAGCCAACCAGGAACCUCCUUAGAACAGACACAUGUUUUUGCUUUAGCGCACAUCCUCCGCAGACCUAUUAUCAUCUAUGGGGUCAAAUAUGUCAAGAGUUUUAGAGGGGAGACUCUAGGCUUGGCUAGAUUUCAAGGAGUUUACCUUCCAUUGUUGUGGGAAAAGAGCUUUUGUUGGAAAAACCCUGUUGUCCUUGGUUACACAAGGGGCCACUUCUCAGCAUUGGUUGCYAUGGAARUAGACACAGAGACCAAUGAUAUUGGYGCRCAUGCACAUGUGGAGAGUAACGAUAACGUCCAUGUUACUUUYCUUCCUUUGGUGGACCAUGAAGGGAGACUGCUGCCUGUUCAUUUUCUAUCYGCAGCUCAGAUUGGAAGUGAAGAGUACCUACUUCGUGAUUGGCUAGAUUGUUGUACAACAGAUGGUGGAAUUUUAGUUGCCCAGCAACGCAUUACUCCCAAACCUGCACUUGUCAAUCAAAUGAUGGAUGACUGGCUGGACACAUAUAGAAAACCACUUAAGUGACAUGUUUUAGUUCCUUAAAUAUAUCAGGAAUGGAUAUCAUAUCAUAUCAGUGGAUGRGAACCCUUGCCGAUAAGGAGAGGCUGUAUUACCCGUCAAGGUCUUUUCAUUAUAGUUAAAGUUUUUUUAUAUAAUUCAUUAUUAGUUUAAGUUGUUCACAAAUACAAAGCCAAACAGCUUGUCUGUUGACAGAUAGAAUUUAAUGUAAGUUCUAGGUAGAUUGUCCUAAGAAAUGCUUUUACCUUAACAUUCUAUAGUUGCAUCAUUACAUAUCGUUUGAGACAUACUCCAAAUAUAUGUUGUGUUCUAUGUUAUAUUUGUACACAUUUGUACAUAAAGAUAUCAUAAACUAAUGYACAAUAAGCAUGUAAAACAGAUCAACACAAAAAGUUUGAAAUAAUUACCCCAUGUACUYAUGUCUUACUCAUUUUGCACAUAUUCACGUCAGUAGUGCAAAUAUUGUUGUUUUUCKUUUUGUACAAAUUUAAGCUAUUAACUUUUUUGUACUUAGGAUGUUCUUUUAUAUUAUAAUAUUAUGUGAAUGUACUUCAAAUUUGCAAAGAGAUUAUCACAAAAUAGAGGAAUAACUUUUUUAACAAUGAAACAUUUACAAGUUGGUAGUAACUAGGGCUUAAACUUGUGUGAGAACAUYCCCACCCCACCCCUGAAGGGGAACAUUUGUAGUGGGGGAGGGGUGGUGCAGAACAGAAAGUUAAAMAUUUAUUGUUUAUUUUCAUAGUUGUAUUUGUUUCAUGGUUUCAGUGUUAUCCCAAAACUUUAUCAAACAUAAAUUACAUAACUUAGUAAUUCUUUUGAGAGUUCAUGAGUAAGCCAUAUUGAUAAAUUCAAUAGCCAAUAAAAUCAAAAUAUUGAA